AUGACAUCUUCCGACGAAUCCACAGCGAGCGGGAGCCCGCUCACCUCUCGCUCGCCACCGCGCAGCUGGAAGUUCAGCACGGUCCCGGACUUUUUCAUCUACGACGCGGCGGCGGCCGGGUCGAGUUUGCCGGCCAUCGACGGCAACUUUGGUCUGGCGCCCAACGUGACCUGGGCGUCGUUGCGGUCCAAACUCGACGAGCUCAACCGCGCGGGCGGCGGCGAUGGAUCGGCGUACAAGCUGGUGUACGCCGGGCGGCACGGCGAGGGGUACCACAAUGUCGCCGAGGCCUACUACGGCACGGCGGCGUGGGACGAGCACUGGUCCAAGCUCAACGGCAACGGCACCUCGACCUGGGGGCCCGAUGCGCUCCUCACGCCCACCGGCAUCGACCAGGCGCGCUCCGUCCACGCCGCCUGGCUCGCCAUCCUCUCCCGCCCUUCGGAGCAGGACCGCGCACCGCUCCCGCGCAGCCUCUACUCGAGCCCCAUGACGCGCAGCACAAAGACGCUCGAAAUCACCUACGCCGGCAUCCUCUUUGACGGUCCCAACCACAAGGACGACGAGAAGAUCAAGGGGACCAAGCGCGUCAAGCCCGUCAUCAAGGAAGGGUUCAGAGAGGUCUAUGGAGAGCACACGUGCGACAAGAGGAGGACCAAGAGCGAGAUCCACAAGAUUGUCCCCGAGUUUAGGUUCGAACACGGCUUCGCCAAGGACGAUGAGCUCUGGACCACGGAGCGAGAGACAAACGACCACGUCGACGAGCGCAUCCAGGCCACGCUGGCGCAGGUGUGGAACGACGACGACCACGAUGUGAUUGGCAUCACGUCGCACUCGGGCGUCAUGCAGAGCCUGUUCCGCGUCACGGGCCACAGCCGCAUCAAGCCGGCCACGGGCGCCUUUAUCCCGCUCGUCAUCAGGGGCACCCCCGUCGAUGCCUGA